UAAAGGGACAAUGCCCUCAUAACGGAUCCAUGCUUGGGUUCUUGCUUCUUUCUCGGAACCAAAGAUCAAGUGCGAUAACAUGCCAUCAGUGCAUGCAAUUUCGCCGGUCUGAGUGGCGGUAUAGAAACCUUCUCUCUCCUUCGCACUUAGCUGCAACCUACGAUGCCACGGCCCAACGACUUAUACUACGACCGAGUCCAGCUGCCGAUAUUCCUCGGGCUGAUCUGCCUGGUGUGGAUUGUGGUGGGCGUGCGCCUAUGGGUAUUCCGAAAACACUACUGCGGAUGGAGGACCUGGCGAGGACUCAGCACCGCGCUGACACUCCUGUCCGCCGUCAUGUGCACGAUCUAUGUCGCCAUGCUCGCGGGAAACUACUUCCUCAAUGAACGCAUCAUCCGCAUCCGCGACAUUAUCAGCCCUAAUCCGGCAACUUAUGAGAUGGAUCGGAAGCCAGAGUCUUAUUCGGCCGCAGAGAUACAAACAGUUAUCGAUGCUUCGGAGGAAAUCUACAUGCUCCAACUAUGGCUUCGAAUAACCCUCAGCAUAGCCCUCUGGCUCGUCAAAUUCGCAUUCGUAGCGCUGUUCCUCGAGACGCGCGAGGCGCUCAGCCACCGCUGGCGCAUAGUCCUGUACAUUACCGCCGCCACCAUUUCCGUCACCUUCGUCGUGGUGAUCUGGACCGUGUGCAAAGACGUGAUCCAAAGCUGGGUCCACCCCACCGUCGAAGACAUCCUCGGCGGCAUCUACGUCAAUGGCAUCCGCUUCGUCGCGCUCGAAGCGGACAACGAAUUCGUGCUUACAGCGGCAAACAUCAUCACGGACAUCCUUUUGGUUCUGAUCGCGUGUAAGACCGUGACCGCGUUGCACCGGCCGAUCUCUGCGGCCUCACUGCUGUUCAUCAUGGUAGCGAUCACCGUGUCCGUCGCAAUCGGCCGGCUGAUCCUGAACAUCCUCACGAUGAACGUCAUGUUCUAUUCCGACCACGCCACUAUUCCCCUGCAGCUGCUGGCUGAGCUGGAAACGUUCUUUGCGGCUAUCGUGUCUUGUCUGCCCGGGCUGAGGGUACUGCUGAGAAGCUCCGGAAAUCAGCAGGAGGAGGAGUUUGUUGAGAAUGAGGUUAUUGUCCCGAGUCAUGAGAUGCUCGAUAUACGGGAUUCCACGAGAUUCUCCGAAGUAACAGACGCCAAAUACAGCCACAGCCACGGGCAUGGGCACGGGCACAGCCUGCACAGCCUGCACAGUCGGCCGGGCAGCGAAGACCCGUUCACCAACGCGAAGGCGCCGAGUUCGGGCAGCGGCUCGUAUACCAUUGCGAGGCAGGUGAGCAUGGCCUAGCCUCAUAGGAGGGAGGGAGGAAUUGGACAACCCUUUUUUCACUUUCUUUUCUUUACCUUUUUACUUUUUACUUUUUUACUUUUUAUUUUGAUGUAAUCACGAACGCUGUAUGAACAGAACAUGUUCCGCAACGACUUUACCCAGCCAUCAGGGUCUGCAAUACGAUGGAUAAUUUGGAUAGAUUUUUUCUGAGCUCUAUGUAUGCACUCUCUGCAUAAUCCUGUUGAGUUUCGGAGGGAACUCCGAUGAUUGGGGGCGGGGGGGAUAGAUCUCGCGGAAAACCGAGGCCGCCCGCAGUGCGCACGGACUGGACCGUUGGGCUAGAGAGGCGCAGAAAUGUGGUCCCGAACGAAGGCGGCGCGGGUGAGAGAUCGUGAAUGGCAGGUAUCACAUGCUGAGAGCAGGACAAGCCUCCAGGGCUGCUCAUUUACACAGAU